UAUGUUUCCUUCCUUGAGGAAAGAAAACCAAUCUGUCGACAACACGGCAGCAAAACACGAAAGCCGAGUGAGUGCCGAAUCGAUUUGUUCUCGUAUCUCUGAAGUCGUGGCCCUGAAGUGAAAACAAAAGGCAGGUUUUUGCUGGACCACCGCAGUGCGUAGUCGCGACUAGAGAAGCUCACACCAUGGCAAUGCCCAGCAGGGAGUUUCUUUGGGACAUUUUCAGAAGCGUCGACCGAGAUGGAAGUGGUGCAAUUUCUGCCAAUGAACUUCAGCAGGCCCUGUCCAACGGCAGUUGGACACCUUUCAACCCAGAGACUGUCCGCCUCAUGAUUGGCAUGUUCGACCGAAACAACACCGGUCAGAUUGACUUCAACAACUUUGGCGCUCUCUGGAAAUAUGUGACCGAUUGGCAGAACUGCUUCCGCUCCUUCGACAGAGACAACUCGGGCAAUAUUGACCAGGCUGAACUGAAACAGGCUCUCGUCACCUUUGGGUACAGAUUGUCCGACAACAUCGUCAACAUGCUCGUGAGGAAGUUUGAUCGAAAUGGCACAGGGACCAUUUUGUUUGAUGAUUUCAUCCAAUGUAGUGUAGUGCUUUCAACCCUGACAAACUCAUUCCGCCAGUACGACACAGACCAGGACGGAGUGAUUACCAUCCACUAUGAACAAUUCCUGAUGAUGGUGUUCAGCGCCAAGAUGUGAAAGUCCGACACCCUACGGAUCAAAACGAACUUUCCACGAUGCCAAUAAUUUUAUUUCCAAUAAUUGUCCUAACUAAAUUGUCAUGUUCAAAUUUUAUAUCAAAUGCUGUGGCUUUAAAGAGUUUACCUAAACCGUUGUUAAUCGAACACAAAAAUCCGUAGUACCUACUUGUUGCUCAACAGUAUUCAGCAAAAUGUACACCUAAAUAUUGUUCCUCAAAGCUAAAAGCAGGUUUAGUUUGCAGAUUUAUGAAUUACAGUGUUUCUUGGUUGCAAUGUGUUUUAAAUUUCAGCACAAUUAACAAAAUCUCUGCGCCAUCCAUCAUAAUUUAAGUGAUGAAAUAAAAUGAAAAAACAAACGAAGUGAUUCAAAUGUGAGCCGCAAUUUGAAAUAAAUGUAGACUUAAUUUAUUCUACACGGAAACGAUGCCUUCAAAUAAUAUUACAUUAGUAAUUUCCAAUUUGAUAUGAUGAAAAGCAUGUUGUGCUUAUAAAAUAUGGAUUGAAUGGCUUAAUAUUAAAUAUUGUAUUGUUCUUAUUGUGUAAAAUAAUUCUUUUUGC